ACGAAUAAUUAGUGUUUCUUUUCAAAUUCGGAGGAGCCAUACAGUACAGGACUACAGGGACGAUUUGCAAGCUGGAGGAUUAAUUUGGGCUAUGUGAGCCGCUCUUCUUCUCUGCUUGAUCGCCGGCCACCGCCACCCUCUCUCAUCUCAUGGCUCCAAGACCUCCUGCCUUUCACCUCCUCGCCGUCGUCUUCUUCCUCCUGCCCCUCCAGCCACCGCCCGCAGCCGACGCGGCGACCACCACCGUCGCCUUCGCCUUCCCAUCUUUCUCUCUCCGAAACCUCACGCUCCUCGGCGGGGCCUCGCUCCGCUCCGCCUCCGUCUCCCUCCCGCCGCCCUCCUCCCACGCCCUCUUCCCGCUGCCCCUCCCGUUUCCUCCCAGCGCCUCCUUCGCCACCUCAUUCCUCUUCGCCUCCCCCGCUCCCGCGCGCCCCGCCUCCCGUCUCUCCUUCGUGCUCCUCCCCGACCCGGUCGCCGCCGCCGAGGGCCGCGCGAACCGGUCUCUCCCGCUCGAGGUCGCUUUCGACGCGUCUAGAAACCGCGUGUCCGCCUCGUCCGCCGGCAAGGACGUCGCCGGGAACUCCACCGGAGCGGUGGACCUGCGGAAUGGCAACGAGGUCCGUUCGUGGGUCGUCUACGACGCCCGCCGCUCUCGUCUCGAGGUGUUCCUGAGCCACGCGAGUCUGCGGCCGCCGACGCCCGCGCUGCUGGUAGCCAACUCCACGGGCCUUUCCACUAGCUUCGCGGAGCUCAUGUUCGUCGGCUUCGAGGUCUCGUGUUCGUCCGACAACAACAGGAGCAGCGAUGGCGGCUUCGUCAUCCACAGCUGGAGCUUCCAGACCAGCGGGCUACCAGCUGUCGACCCCGCGUCAAGACCCUCGCACAACGUGUCAGACAAUGUCCACAGCGCCCCCGCCGCGUUGGGCAGUGUCGCCGGCCGUGAGGAUGGGCGCCGCAAAAGGCUCGCACUGGGUCUCGGCAUUGCUUUGCCCAUUGGGUUUCUUGGUGCAGUCAUGCUGUUUGUGAUAAUGUAUCUGAAGAACUGGAGGUUUGGUACUGCAGGGUUUAACAAGGGUGUUAGAGCAAAGGCAGCUGAUCAGCCGAGGCAGUUCUUGUACCAAGAUCUCUUCUCGGCGACAAAGGGAUUUGAUCCUUCUCUAGUGGUUGGCAGUGGUGGUUUCGGUACUGUAUACAGGGCGGUGUUCCCACGCUCUGGGGUCACAUAUGCCGUCAAGCGCUCCAAGCAAUCCAGGGACAGCCACAAUGAGUUCACCGCUGAACUCACAAUAAUUGCUGACCUGAUGCACCCCAAUCUGGUUCAGCUGCAAGGGUGGUGCGCUGAGAAGGAUGAGCUGCUGCUUGUGUACGAGUUCAUGUCAAAUGGAAGCCUGGACAUGGCUCUCCACUCUUGUCCAGGUGCGCACCGUCAUGUCACUCUCAACUGGGCUCAGCGCUACAAUGUGGCCAUGGGCAUUGCCUCUGCGGUUGCUUACCUGCAUGAAGAACAUGACAAGCAAGUGAUCCACAGGGACAUCAAGUGCAGUAACAUACUUCUGGAUUCACAUUUCAAUCCUAAGUUGGGGGACUUUGGGCUUGCAAGGCUGAAGGAUCCGAAUACUAGCCCUCGGUCAACCUUGGCAGCAGGGACUGUUGGCUACCUUGCCCCUGAGUACCUCCAGAUGGGGAGAGCAACAGAAAAGAGCGAUGUCUAUAGCUAUGGGGUUGUGCUGCUGGAGAUCUGCACACAAAGGCGGCCAAUAGAGAGAGAAGCACCUGAUAGUAUGAACAUGUUGAAUCUUGUCGAUUGGGUUUGGAAUUUGCAUUCUAAAGGCAAGCUUUUGGAUGCUGUUGAUAAAAGCCUGAAUGGGGAGUAUGACACAGAGCAAAUAAUGAGGCUGCUUCUUCUAGGUUUGAGCUGUGUGAAUCCGUUUUCAGAAGAGAGACCUGUCAUGAGGACUGUUUUAGGUAUACUGGAGGGCAAGAACGAGCCACUGCCUGUUCCGAGAAAGAAGCCGCUGCUUGUUUUUGUUUCAAAUGCACCUAUUGAUUUUGAGGGGAUAGUCUCUGAAUGCAAUCAGAGCACAGUUUCAAGUGAUCUCUUUGAGCUCAAAAUCGACAUAAACUAGGUAGCUGCUGAGAAGACAAAUCAUGUCGGUAAACUCUGAAGUUUUGGUGGUAGAUUGUCGAUGUUGACACUAUCAAUAUGUAAAUCUCAGUGCAGAAAGAAAUAUGGUCAUGUUCUCACAGAGGAAUGAGUUCCUGUCGAGUUCUUGUAGAUGCUAGAAAUGUUGAAUUCAAAAGAUUGCAUUGAAUUCAGUGGAAUGAUCGCAUGUUUGAUGUUUUUUUUCUGCUAUUUUUUUUGUGGAAAGCAUGUUUGAUGUUUGUAGCACCAUUCAGGAUACAGAAUGUUUGUGAGACAACAACUCGCUGAUAGUUUCUCUCUGGAA